AUGGUGCAUGAAGGAGGUGGUAGAAUGAAAGGCAAUAGAUGGGGACAAAACUAUGAUUCUCAGAUUAUAUCCUUCUUCAAACUGGGUACCAGGUAUAUUAAAUUCAUGUGCAUUAAAGAAUUAUUUUGGUAUCCUCCUAAAGAAGAUUACAUAUUAUUCUGCUGUGAUGGUGCUUCAUUUGGCAAUCUUGGAAAUACAGGAUUUGGAGUAUUAGCUAGAGAUAGUAAUUUUCAGGUAAUUGGUACACUAUCAGGUGGAGUGGGGAUAGCAACUAAUUUCAUUGUAGAAAUUUAUGUUGUUCUAUGUGCACUAGAAUGGGCUAUCUCUCUGCAACUCAAGAAAGUCAUUAUAACAUCAGACUCUAAACCUGUUAUUAAUCUAUCUGACAGUAAAAGAGUGCCUUGGUAUGUCAGGACAAGAUGUCAGAAUGUUAUUAAACAAUUUGAAGAUGUAGUACUUCAACACUGUUACAUGGAAAUCAACUUCUCUUCUAACUUACUAGAAAAGAAGGGUGCCACAUUAGUAGCAGGAGAAAUAAUUUUUCACUCAAGAAGACCUCAAUUUUUGAAUAUAAUUGAAAUGCCAGACACACCAUAUUACAGAUUCUGCUAA